GAAUCGACGAAGCUUCUACUGCCUGCGAUCCGACCAUUCUUGUGUAGAAGUCCUUUUAUAUCCUCUUCUUCAUCGAACAUCGACGACGACAUCCUUCGCACACCCAUUCCUCUCAUCUUCGGAGCGUACACACAAUGUCCUUCAUCCUCAGGAGACCCUUUGCGGUCUCCUCAAACGCCUUCAAACAAUUCAGCAAGCCUUCCAAUUUGAUCCGCGCCUUCCACUCAAACCCCAAGUCAUCAUCGAAUACCUUCUUCAGCCCUCGGCCAGCGACAAAGGCAAACGCACAGUCUCUACUCAAAUCUGCUGCUCUCCGCGAUGGCUUUAAGCGUGGCUAUCAAAAUGCAUCGUAUCAACCUGCCAAUCCAGUUGCGACUGGCAAUCUGACACAACGACUUCUAUAUGGCGGAGCUUUGGUGGGCGGCACGAUACUCGCCACGAACUUCAUUUUCAACCGGGAAACUCGUGAAGAUGGUGGCAUGCCCGACUAUGAGCGCGAAUAUCUGAAUCAGACAUUCAUGCACACUGGUCUCGGACUUGGUAUCAUUGCAGUCGCAGCCCGCGCAUUGCACGCAAGUGGCUGGAGUUACCGACUGAUGGCGACAAACCCUUGGUUGGUCGUCGGUCUUGGACUCGCAGCCAGUAUCGGUACUAUGUACGGAACGUUCUACACUCAUCCCGACAACUAUGUGCAGAAGUACGCCCUCUGGACUGCCUUCAACGUUACCCAAGCCGCCAUCCUCACUCCCCUGAUGUUCAUGUCACCAGCUAUCCUGGCUCGUGCCGGCCUCUACACGAUCGGCAUGAUGGGCAGCAUCGCCUUUGUAGGUGCUACUGCCAAGCAAGAGAAGUACCUAUACCUUGGAGGCCCAUUGCUUGCCGGUGUGGCGAUUGUCGCCAUCUCCGGCUUUGCACCACUCGUGCUGCCCGCCACUGCAAUCCGAACUCUGGCGUGGACUGAGAACAUCUGGCUGUAUGGUGGUCUUGCUGUCUUUGGUGGCUUCACUCUCUACGAUGUUCAGAAGAUUCUUCACCAUGCCAGGAUGAGCGAGCGUGGUCUUGUCAGAAAGGAUGUGGUCAACGAGAGCGUCAGUCUCGAGUUGGACUUCUUGAACAUUUUCAUCCGCAUGGUCCAAAUUUUGUCCAUGCGCCAGAACAACAGGAGACACUAGUGAUCAUGGCUUGGAAAAUCAGCAAGGCAAGAUGAUGAGCCACAAGAAAAGGGUAAACAGCCCUCAUUCAUUUUUCGGAGCGACCUGCUUUUAAAAGACGCUCCGCGUCUGCAUGUGAUAGGAAUAGCAAAAACAGUUGAAAAUGAUUAUAAUUCCACUCUCGAGGCAAUCAU